AUGUUUUCCAAGUUAAAGUCCAAGAAGGCACCAUUAUCUUUAAAUUCGGUGUCCAAUGCACUCAAAAACGCUGGAUCCGAGAGCUUGACCAGCCCCAACAUUCCAAAGAAAGACCUAGACUUGUAUGUUUCAUCUCAGCUAGGUCUCUCGCGCCAUGCUGUGGUUGCAAUGGCAUAUGAUCCAGUCCAGUCGUUACUUGCAAUUUCUACAAAAGGUGGCGAAAUUAGAGUGUUUGGCCAGCACUCGGUUGAGGUUGUUUUCGAGUUCAAAUUGGGAACAACUUUUACGGAUUUGCGGUUUGUAAAGGGUGUAUAUUUGGUGGGUAUUCUGCCUACCAACGGAGUGACGGUGUUGUCUCUUCACCUGAAAACUGUAUUGCUGUCAUAUCUGCCACCUGGGGGCGUAGUGGCGACUGCUCUGGAUCCUUCGUUGGACUGGCUUAUUUUGGGGCUUGCCAAUGGUCUGAUAAUAGUGUAUGAUGUGGACAGACUUAAUCUUACACCAUUUAGAGUGGAUAAUCUUCAGAAGAAAGUCCUCCCCAAACAAAAAAUGUCGCCCGUUCUCCACGUUGAAUGGCAUCCUAGAGAUAUUGGCACCAUCUUGGUUGCAUACUCACAUUGCGCUGUCAUCUACUCGUUGACGAUGGGAGAAAUUAAGACGGUAUUCAUCUAUCAGCUAAGCAAAGGAGCUCGUGGAUUUGAAAACUCGUUGUUUAUUGAUAACGGUGGAAAGAAGAAAAUGUUCAGCUCCAAAGAAGUUAUACCGGAAUUGGUCGAAGCUCACUUCCAUCCGAAUGGUUUACAUGUGGUUACUGUACACAAGGAUAACACGCUAGUGUUUUGGGAUGCCAAUGACGGCACUCUACUCGAGGCAAGAUCUUUGUUUGAGACCAAUUUACAUCUUUCUGGUCCUCCAAUUCCACCAGCAGCUCCUGCUCCGCCAAUUACAAGUACUCGCUGGACAUGUUCAAGCGACCCUGAAGUUACGCAAUUGGUUAUUUGUGGCGGAGACCCAAACCUGAAUAACGUGAUUCAUGUCCUUGAAUUUGGCUUCACCCUAAAAUAUUCCAUGACAUCUCACGAAAAACAGGGUAAAUUUUACGCUCAACCUGCAACUGGACAAAGAAUUUUACCUGUGGCUUUAAAUUCCUCCAGCGAAACGCUUGUCAACAUAAUCCCAUUACCAGCUGAUAACUUGCCCUACUUUAAUGGUAAUCAUAACCCGCAAUACUUGAUCGUCCAAUCUGAUGUAGGGUCAUUUUACAUCAUAGAUUUCGAGUCACAAGGCAAGCUUGACAUGACUGCCCUCAUUUUACCUCCAUCUUUGGCCUCCGCUCAUCCUCCUGUCGUGUGUGCAAACGUCGAAGUUAUUAGGAGAAUUGACUGGUACAGUAUAGUGUCUUCUCGUGCAUCUUCUGGAGCCUCUGGCAAACAAAGAUUGUUGCUUAAAGGUGGUGCCCCUGCUAGCACUAACUUAGUUCCCAGAGCACUAGGAUUUGAUGAUGAGUCUCGCACAGUAUCAAUCACUGGACAUGAGGGUGGUCUCGUUCGAUUUUUGGACGUUUCUCGUGGUGAACAUUCUCACCAGGAAAGUAUAGUCCAGGUUAGUUUGCGUGAAACACUUUACGAUGAUGGCUCAUCCAAAUCUAUGAGGAUAGUUGCGGUUUCGUGUGCGUUUGAGAGCAAGGAAUUACUCAUAGGUAUGGGAAAUGGAGAUGUGGUUAUUUGCAACUAUGGGAAAAUCAACAUCAAUCCAAGAGCAAGCCAAUUAGGAAUAAGAGAUUACAAGGACACUCCAGUUCAGCACCAAAACGGAUCAGCGAAAAUCCUCAAUAUCAGGGAUCGCAUUCUGGGCUCUUUUGCUCUUUCUACAACAUUCUUACCCUCGUUUCUCUUACAAGUUGAGGGUACUGAAGAAAUAUCGUGCAUCAAAAUGAGUAAUGCUGGUUUUGCAGCUAUAGCGUACAAGUCAGGAAGAUUGGUUGUGUGCGACGUAACUAGGGGCCCAGCCGUGAUAUUCAAUGCCGACACAGUUCAACAGUUUUUGAGUCUUUCUCGUGGUCACUGUUAUGCAACGAGCUUGGAGUUCGCAAUCAUGGAGUAUGGUCAAGAUGGUUACUCUUCAGUUCUUUUGUUGGUAGGCACCAAUGCUGGAGGAAACUUGAUUUAUUUCAAGAUUCUUCCCCAGUCAAAUGGAGGAUUUGAGGUUGUGUUUGCCGAUAAGACAAUUGGUCUCAACUACAGAUCACUAGGCGAUAAAAACGACGAAGAAUCAUCGAAAAUUGAUCAGAUCAUUCCAAUUAGUGCGGUGAAAGGUACUUCUGCCGUUGCUUCAUUGGAAAUGUUCCAAAGAUUGAGUCAUGGAAUAGUUAUUCCUGGACUUAUAAUUACUACUUCUGACCGAGACAUUAGAGUUCUCAGGCCCCCAAAACAAAAAUUGUCACACAAGGUGAUCGAAGACCAUUGCUUGAGCUGUGGCAUAAUACAAACCAAGAGUCAAGGUAUCUUGUUGGCUACGUUGGUCAAGUCGGGUUUCAUAAAAUUCUCAUCGUUGCCAGCCUUGGGAGAUGUGGCUGACCUCAAGAUUCCGAAAGGAGUGUUUGACUCGAUGACCAAAGCAUUUGAAUCAGGAAAAGCUUCCGGUUCUGUACUCUUACGCACGGGAUUGAUGUGUAUCAAAAAGGGCACUGGAGAAUUCAUCAAUAUUUGUGCCUAUCUGCAUCUGGAAAACAACAAGCGCAAUGCAAAAGAGCAUCCAACCGAUCUUCUAUUUAACGAAAAUGCUAUCAUUCCACCGCGGCCAGCCGCUUCCGCUUUACAAUGGGCUAAAGGUCAAACUCGUUAUAUUAGCACCGAGGAUUUAGCCCAUUUAAUAGCUGGGCCCAACCGGAAACCACCCAAGCAUGCUGAGAGUCAGUUGGCUUACAAUAUCAGCCCAGAAGCAAAUCCCAACCAGUCUUAUGGUGGGUAUGGUAACACGAGCAAAGAAUCAGAUCGUGGGUAUGCUGCCCCAGUGCGGAAGGGCCAAAAAGGCGCCGGUUAUGGUCUCAACUCUCUGGGAUGGAUCAGGGGCUUUCAGGAUGGACUUGAUAGCGUCGAGGAAACUGUCAAUGGUUACGCUAAUGCUAUGAGUGAGUCCAUGAGUGAGUCUAUUGAAGGGACGAAAAAGUCGGUGUAUGAGAGUGCCUUGAAGAGCAGAAUUGGUUUGUGA